UCCGUGUGCUGCUCUGGUUCGCCGGAAGCAACUUUGUCAUGCUGGCCACAUGACCUGGAAGCUAUACGCCGGCUCCCUCGGCCAAUAACGCGAGAUGAGCGCCGCAACCCCAGAGUCAGUGAUGACUGGACCUAAUGGUCAGGGGUCCCUUUACCUUAUAAGGUAAUUUAUGGACCUAACAGGUAUCUAAAGCCAUUUGCACAUGUUGCCAUGCAACCAGUCCAUGCAGAAUGUAGGCACCCUAUAUCUAGAAAGAGCAAACCUGUGAUAUUUUAGGGAGCAGGCUAGCUUACUAUAUGUAGCUUUUAUUUGUUUUUUAUCUUAUAUUUUGGAAAUGUACACCCAGGGUGUUUUUUUUUUUUUGGCCCCCAAGAGAGUGGGGCCCUAAGCUAUAGCUUAGAUUUAUAGGUAAAUCCGGCACUGAUCGCAGGCACAGUCUUGGUGAAGAAGCCGACCCAGAAUAACAACUCCCAGAAGCAGGCGGGCUUUAGGACCCUGAGGGGAGCUGACACGUAAGAGAUCUUCGGGCGCAGCCGCCACAGGAAGAGGAUCUCCUCGGCCCCGUGGCUCUCGGAGGAGGGUGUGCUGCCGAUCCUGGAUUCGUGUCUCUUCUUGCACGCUGCACGCGCGUUUCCUGCGUGCAUUUGCAGAAUCCGCGAGACCUCCAGGAAGUGGGGGAUCCCAGGAGAUCCCAGUCUUCUCUGCUGCUUACAAGGCGGAGGAAUCGUGCGGGGGGUGGGCGGAUUUAAGAAACCCAACUUUGCCCGGAGAGCCGAGCCGAUCCUGGGGGUGAAUCUGAGAUCUUUUCAUCUCCCAGAUGGAGCGACCAGGAUGAUUCCUGUGGUCCGCAGCUUGCGAUAAAGGAGCCUGGCGCCUCCCUGAAUGCAAACGGGAGGAUGGGAUAAGGAAGACGCCGACAAGGCUGGAUCAAGUGGGAAUCCGUAGGCGGAAGGUGGCUCGAGAUCUGGAUGGUUUGCAGUAGAUCGGCAAGGGCUUCCAGCGCUCGGUCGUCCCAUCAGCAGUGAAGAAAUGAUAUUCUCCACCUAAACAUAAAUUCCUGAACUGCGGGGGGGAGGGGGAUUCCUGCGUUAAAUUCAGCUCCGGCUCAAUUCCUUUCUGGCCCUGGAAAUAAAUUAUUGCUGCUCAGAACACAAGCCUAAGGUGAGGUUGAGGAUGGAGAGAGAAGAUGAAACGUGGAACCUCCAGGACCCUGAGAAAGAGGAGAUGCCAAGGAAUAGCAGCUCAGAAAGCGAUCAGAUGGUGUCAGCAGCUCUCGCCGCCGCCACAGCUGCCGUGGCUGCCAUCACGACCGUCGUGGGGGUCCAGUCGCGCAUCUUUGCACGGCUGGCAACACGCCGGAAGCUUCUGCCGCGAGGGCGCGACGACCUGGCCGAGCUGGAGGAGAUGGUGGAGAACGCUGCAUCGGUGCGCCUCCGAGCGGUGGUGGAGUCGAGCAUCGACUCUCUGAAGGCUAUGAUGUGCUCGUGCCUCUUCCAGUCGCCGGCUGUCCUGGCUGGCCUGAUUGACGAGCUCUACAUCAUGGAGAGGGCCUUCUGGGUGCAGCCGGGCCGCUCCGAAUGGUGGGAGAAAGUGGUCCUGCCCCACUGGGACGACCAUCUCUGGCGAGAGAACUUCCGGAUGAGCAGGAGGACCUUCACGGAGCUGUGCGAUCGGCUGAGGCCCGUCCUCGAGCGGCAGACCACCAACAUGCGCGCUCCGAUCACCGUCGAGAAGCAGCUGGCCAUCGCCGUCUGGAAGCUGGCCACCCCGGAUAGCUAUCGCUCGGUGGCCGAGUGCUUUGGGGUGGGCCGCUCCACGGUCUCCAGGAUCGUCAUGGAAGUCUGCCAAGCGCUCUACGACGUCUACCACCACGUGGUCCAGCUGGCCGGUGCCCAGGAGGUGAUGAAAGGCUUCGCUGCCAAGGGCUUCCCUCACUGCAUCGGGGUCCUCGACGCCACCCACAUCCCCAUCAUCGCCCCGGCGCACAGAGCCACCGAGUACAUCAACAGCAAAGGCUACUACUCCAUGGUCCUGCAGGUUCUGGUGGACCACAGAGGCAGGUUCACGGACGUCUAUGCAGGGCGCUCCGGGAAGCUUCCCGGCGCCCGGAUUUUCCGUGGGUCGCCCAUCUUCCGCGCCAUGAACCAAGGCACAUUUGGUCCCAGCGUGACCAUGGACAUGGGGGGCGAGCAGCUGAAGCCGGUGAUCCUCGGAGACCCCGCUUACCCGCUGCUGGCCUGGCUGAUGACUCCGUACGGCGGGCACUUGGAUGCCCGCCAACAGUGGUUCAACAACGCCCUCGCCAGCUGCCACGCGGUGGCAGAGUCCGCCUUCGAGCGCCUUCGGGGCCGCUGGCGCUGCCUGCUCUCCCGCCUGGACGUGAGGGAGCGCUACGCCCCCCGGGUCAUUGUGGCCUGCUGCAUCCUGCACAACAUUUGCGAGACCAGAGGGGAGCCUCUCCAGGAAGGCUGGCAGGAAGUGGUCAGAUCCGUCUCGCGGUCUUACCAGCAGCCAGAAAGGCAGCCAGUGUACGCAGCCAACCCCCGAGCGCGGGAGAUCAGGGAUCUUUUGAGCACGUACAUGGAAAGGAAAGAGCAGGGGAAGUCGGACUGAAUCUGUUGCUUUCCCCUAAAGGAACCCUCAUGGCAGGUCUUGGGAAGAACGGGCCUUCUCUGCAGUGGCUCCCCGUCUGUGGAAUGCUCUCCCCAGGGAAGUUCGCCUGCCGCCUUCAUUAUACACUUUUAGGCGCCAGCCAAAAUUGUUCCUUUUGUUGACCUGAUCAACAUACUUAUACCCUUUUAAAAUGCAACUCUUUUUUGGGCGGGUGUUAUUGGGUCAUUGUUUUUAUUUUGAUUUUAUAUAUUGUGAUCUUUGCUGUGAGACCUCCGGGCAUAGGGCGGUAUAUAAAUUCAAUAAAUAAAUAAGAAAGAAAGAAAUAAGAAGAGACCCUCUCUUCUGUCCCCAUAUGAAAUAAAAAUAAAUAGCCUCUUUUGACGUCAGCUAUGAAAUAUGUGGGUCCCGGCUGGCUCUUAUGUAGAGGGAAAGGAUGUCAUAGCAUAAUGGCUGAACACCUGUGCUACAAAUUUGAGAGUUGCCCUCUCCUCUCUUGUAAUGAGUCCACUCAGGUAACCUAGACAAGCUUCUCUCUCUCUCUCUCUCUCUCUCUCUCUCUCUCUCUCUCUCUCCCUCCCUCCCUCCCUCCCUCCCUCCCUCUCUGUCACCUCUGCUAUUUGCAGCCUGCCUUGCAGGCUUGUUGUAAGAAUUGCAAAUGUAUGUGAAAGGUUUGAAUACGAGUACAGUGGCACUUUGGUUCUCAAACUUAAUCAAUUCUGGAAGUCAGUUCCAAAACCAAAGCGUCCCAAAACCAAGGUGUGCUUUCCCCUAUAAAAUAAUGCAAAACGGAUUAAUCUGCUCCAAACAACCCCUAAAACAGCAAUUUAACAUUAAUUUUACUAUCUAAUGAGACCAUUGAUCCAUAAAUGAAAGCAAGAACCAAUGCAGUGUACUAUAAAAUAAAUAAGACAGUAUUGUAGAUGAUAAAAAUUUAAAAAUAAAAAAUUAUUACCUGCACUGAUGAUAGUCAUUGUUUGGAUGGGUUUGGUUUUUUUAAAAAAUCCAUUUCCGCAGUCACACAAUCAAUCAAUCAAUCAAUCAAUCAGUAGCUGAACUGGGUUCCACAUAGUCACAAAAACAAAUUAACUGAAAAUGCCUCAAAAACAAAAAUGCAAAAUAAAUUGCAAAACAAAAGCGCCAAACUUAAUCUGUUCCGAAAGUCCGUUUGACUUCUGAAAUGUUUAAAAACCAAGGUGCAGCUUCUUAUUGGUGCCCCGAAACAAUAGCCGAGAGCAACAUCAGAUGUUCAGCUUCCGAAAAACAUUCGAAAACUGGAACACUUCCGGGUUUUCAGCGUUUGGGAACCAAGGUACCACUGUACAGCAUGGAUAUUCCUAUAAUUAUACAAAGCUGACAAGAGGAAGCAAAUUGGGGGGAGGGAGGGGGGAGGGCAAGCAAUCUGUGGCAAUCGAUGCCCCCCUCGAUAUUCCCAAAGUAACUUCACCUGCAAUUGUCAAAACUUUUUUCCACAGGUAGACACUGUGCCACCAAUUGCAGAGGCCCGUGUGGCAGGAACAAGUCUGUUUAAUUAGGGGUUGGAUGAGAUUAACUUCACAUAUACCCAAUAUGUAUUACCUCACCAUUAUCAAUUAUGUUUAAAGUAAAAAUUAAGUUCAAUUGACUCAUUUUCUCCUCCCUUAGCCCACUCCCCACCACACAUAAAAAUUAAUGUGGGGACCCUAAUAUUCCAACCUACCUCGCAGUGUCAUUAGAAUUUCUAAGAGAACGUAUCAGUGUGUUUUCAGCAAUCUGUUGUUGUCGUUUAGUCAUUUAGUCGUGUCCGACUCUUUGUGACCCCAUGGACCAGAGCACGCCAGGCACUCCUGUCUUGCACUACCUCCCGCAGUUUGGUCAAACUCAUGUUCGUAGCUUCGAGAACACUGUCCAACCAUCUCGUCCUCUGUCGUCCCCUUCUCCUUGUGCCAACAUCAGGGUCUUUUCCAGGGAGUCUUCUAUUCUCAUGAGGUGACCAAAGUAUUGGAGCCUCAGCCUCAGGAUCUGUCCUUCCAGUGAGCACUCGGGGCUGAUUUCCUUCAGAAUUGAUAGGUUUGAUCUUCUUGCAGUCCAUGGGACUCUCAAGAGUCUCCUCCAGCACCAUAAUUCAAAAGCAUUAAUUCUUCGGCGAUCAGUCUUCUUUAUGGUCCAGCUCUCACUUCCAUACAUCACUACUGGGAAAACCAUAGCUUUAACUACCGUAUAUCGACCUUUGUCGGCAAGUGAUGUCUCUGCUUUUUAAGAUGCCGUCUAGGUUUGUCAUUUCUUUUCUCCCAAGAAGCAGGCAUCUUUUAAUUUAUUGACUGCUGUCACCAUCUGCAGUGAUCAUGGAGCCCAAGCAAUCUGUAGUGCUGUAUAAAUGUUUAGAGUUAUCAUUAUUAAAAUCUACUCAAGGUUGUGAGCUCUCGUUGCCCAAGACUCCAUUCCUUUGAGGGCUCCAAGUGUCUGGAACUAAGGAGGCAGAACAUUUAUACCUCUCCCCGUACUGGAAUUUGCUGGAAAGAAAUCCCAUCGAGGUAAAGUAACAUCUUCCCCACAUCUCCCUUAAAAGAGGCGCUCCUUAUGAUCAUUUUGAAAAAAGGGGGGGGGGAACGAGGGGAAAGCUGUAGUGGAUGUAUGGAAAAUACGGGAAGGAGAAAAGGCAGAGGGGCAGUGUGGUGUAGUGGUUAGAGUGCUGGGCUAGGACCUGGGAAGCCAGGGUUCAAAUCCCCACUCAGCCAUUUAACUCGGGGG